ACACCGACACGCCACCGCAACACCUUUAACUACACCCACCUCCUCCCACCCCCAGCUAGCUCAAGCUCCCCGCCCUCCCUAGCCCCCAGGACACCACCACACCACCAGCCACCUCCGAGCCUCCGGGGGAAGGGGAGCAGCACAGCGCGCGAGAGGGAUGGCGUCCGUCAUCGUGCAGGCGGUGGUGAUCCUCCUGGACGUGAUCGCCUUCGGGCUGGGCGUCGCCGCCGAGCAGCGCCGGAGCAAGGCCACCGUCACCCCGGACGCCGCCAAGGAGUACGACUACUGCGUCUACGACUCCGACAUCGCCACGGGCUACGGCGUCGGCGCGCUGCUCCUGCUCGCCGCCGCGCAGGUCGUGCUCAUGACCGCCAGCCGCUGCUUCUGCUGCGGCCGCGGCCUCAAGCCCGGGGGCUCCCGCGCCUGCGCGCUCAUCCUCUUCCUCUUCACAUGGGGGACCUUCCUCAUCGCGGAGGCGUGCUUGCUGGCGGGAUCAGUCCGCAACGCUUACCACACCCGGUAUAGGGGCAUCUUCUACGGCGAGUCCCUCUCAUGCGAGACAGUGCGCAAGGGUGUCUUCGCCGCUGGUGCAGCCUUCACCUUCUUCACGGCCAUCCUGGGUGAGGUCUACUACCUCAGCUACUCAAAGUCGCGUGAUGCCGCUGGUGGUGCACCCUACGGCGGCUCCAGCAUUGGCAUGGGCCCUUACAACUAAAGGAGCUUGCUGAAGACCAGCCACGGUAUUUUCAGCUCAGCUGGUUUCGUGGUGGAGGAAUGCACUGCUCUUGUUAACAUCACCUUAGUAGUGCCGGUGUAAUUGGUUAUUGGAUUCCCUGUUUCUUUGCUAGGUUCUUCUAUGAGGUCACGGUUUGGCUGUAUACUGUUUGGACUAUUGGGUUGGAUUCUGGACAUGGAAUACACGUAUCGUAGUAUGCUAUGCUGUUCAUAUGCAUGUACUUUAUUCUCA